CUUGCAUUAGCAUUUUCACCGCUGUGGGGGUAAGACUCGAGUGUGCGAGUGUGUGUGUGCUUGGUUGCUUGGUCGCUUCGGGCCUUAUUAUGCAGGGACUUGGGAAGACAGAGAGAGGGGAGCAGGGCCGAGACAUCGACUUGACGUCGCUGAGAUCCACCAUGCCAGCCAGCGGCCCUCUGCAGGGAGGUUCACCUUCUAAUCUGAAUAUGAACCUGUAUGCUACGAAGAAGACAGCAGCUGAGGGCAUGUUGGACAUCGCUCUGUUCCUGGCUAACAUCACACACAUGAAGACUGUCAUCGAGCAGGGAGCUGGAUACAGGUACUACUAUGCUGUCCUGACGCUCAUCUCCUUCUCCCUAAUUCUCCAAAUCGUGGCUGGAGUCCUCAUCAUCAUCAUUGCCCGCAGGGACCUGAACGUGGUGUCCAAUCAGCAACGACUCGACUACCUGAACAACGUGGCUACGGGCUUCAUCUUCGCCACCACAGUGGUUAACUUCUUCGUCAGCUUCUUCGGAUGCAAGAGGACCGGCUUCUUCCGCUGGCUGCUGGCUCGACUCCACUUCUGAAAGAAAGAAAAACGCAUGCACACAAAAAAAAAACAUACAUGAACUCACAUAUCAGACACAUUUCUACACAGCAACACACUUGCAGACCAUUUUCAUCUGCACACAGACGUAAACAUGCUGCAUAUGUUCAAACACUUCUUUUUGAUUAUCCAGGCUUUUUAAACACAUUGUAAUCCAACUAAAAUAUUUUCACUUUAACCAACUGAAUAUUUAUAUAAAUGUGCUUCAUUUGUUUUUCUUUUUCAUUUUCUGUGCUUGUUCAAAAUGUGUAAUGUGUUUCAUUAUGUGUAUUUCCAACUGUUUUACACUUGUUUGGUUAUUUGAGAAAAAUGUUAUAUAUCCUUGAUUUUAAAAACUUCUGAUUUCGAGGUUCAAUGCCAGACAAAAACAAAAAAAACAGGGUAAUAUUAAAAACAGUAACAGUACAAAUAUCUAAUAUGUACGUACACAUUCUCCUCCAGAAAGCUGAAUAAAUGUAUUGAUUUAACAGAA